AUUUUAAAAUAGCGUUGUGAGUUGUGACUGUUUGCUUUGGGUUUAGAAAAUUGGAAAAUAGUCAACUUGCUCUGUAGUCCUUAAACGCUCAUCAGAUUCAAGAUCAGUAGUAACAAUGGAGAAGCCAAAGUUCAAGACUGUCCAAGAGGUGGUUGCAGCAGGCGAAGGAAUACCGGAGAGAUACCUCCAACCACCAGCCGUCGACGACAAUGGUCAACAUCUUAACGCUGCCGUGCCGGUGAUGGAUAUUCCGGCCAUCGAUUUGAGUCUUCUCCUCUCUCCUUCUGAUGACGGUCGAGAAGAGUUGAGUAAACUUCACUCGGCACUCUCUACAUGGGGAGUUGUUCAGGUGAUAAAUCAUGGAAUUACAAAAGCGUUGCUCGACAAGAUUUACAAGCUAACCAAGGAGUUCUGUGCACUUCCGUCCGAAGAGAAACAAAAGUACGCGAGAGAGAUUGGUAGUAUCCAAGGAUAUGGUAACGAUAUGAUUCUGUGGGAUGAUCAAGUUCUUGAUUGGAUCGACCGUUUGUAUAUCACUACUUACCCUGAAGAUCAGAGACAACUUAAGUUCUGGCCUGAUGUCCCUGUCGGAUUCAGGGAAACUUUACAUGAAUACACAAUGAAGCAACAUCUAGUGUUUAAUCAAGUCUUUAAAGCGAUGGCUAUAUCGUUGGAAUUGGAAGAGAAUUGCUUUCUAGACAUGUGUGGAGAAAAUGCUACGAUGGAUACAAGAUUCAACAUGUAUCCUCCAUGUCCGAGGCCGGACAAGGUUAUUGGCGUUAGACCGCACGCUGAUAAGUCGGCUUUCACUCUUCUCUUGCCUGACAAAAAUGUCGAAGGGCUUCAGUUCCUUAAAGAUGGGAAGUGGUAUAAAGCUCCAGUUGUCGCUUCAGAUACAAUUCUGAUCAAUGUUGGAGAUCAGAUGGAGAUAAUGAGCAAUGGGAUAUACAAGAGCCCGGUUCAUAGAGUGGUGACUAAUACAGAAAAAGAAAGGAUAUCUGUGGCAACGUUUUGCAUUCCAGGUGCAGACAAAGAGAUUCAGCCUGUUGAUGGGCUUGUGUCUGAGGCAAGACCAAGAUUGUAUAAGCCAGUAAAAAACUAUGUGGACCUCUUAAACAAGUACUAUAUACAGGGUCAAAGACCAAUUGCAGCGUCAUUGAUCUGAUCAUAUUUUUCAAGUCUCCUUUAUUGGUUUCACAAAUGAAUCUGUUUCUUUCGUUACUUGAUCCUUUAUAAGAAUAAUAAUAAUGUUGCUUUGUUUGUUGGAAUGUGAGAAUGUAAGACUGCAUUGUGUUAUUUGUGUUACAAUUCUGAGACAAUAGAGAGGGUCUAAAAUC